UCCAUCUCGAUAUACUCUGAAUCACUCUCUGUUUGAUUUUCUUCACUCUGUUCACCUGUUCUAGAGAGAGAGAGAUGCUUCAGCUACAUAGCUAUCGGCCGUGGAUUUCUCCGAGGAUUUCACGAGUCAACCAUAAUUUUCCUUCUAAGAGAAACACAAUGCAAUGCCCGUGGUGGUGGAUCCAAUCUUCCGCACUACAUACGGGAAAAUGGGAGUCCAGUUCUUUGAGAACACACGACAAGUCAGGUUCCCCUACAAAUUUGAAUGUUUCCAACACAUUGGGUGCUAAAUUCUUGAAGAUGGACCUCACAAGUAGUUCUCAGGAGUGCCAAGCUAAAUUCAUGUUAGCAAUCCUUUCAUCUUAUAUCCUGGUCAGAUUGAUACAAUCAAAUUCUGCACAUAUGACGACAAGUCUGGUCCAAGACAUAAUUCUCCGUGCAAUCCAAACAUUUGCAGCUCCAAGGUUGCCUUUUGCUUGCAUGUCAAAUUCAUCGAUUAAACCCACACCUCUUCAACUGGAUGUAUCUUUGCCUUCAAUUCAAGAUAUUCGAUGGAACUUUGCACGGUUCAUUUAUUUAUUCAACAUACAAGUUGAAAGAAAUGUUGCCACGUUCUUUGUCGUUCUUCUUGUGGCAUGCUUCUCAUUCGUUGUCAUCGGUGGUUUACUCUUCUUCAAAUUCAGGGAUAAUACACAAUCUCUGGAGGACUGCUUCUGGGAGGCUUGGGCAUGCCUCUGUUCAUCAUCUACUCAUUUAAGACAAAGAACUCGAGUUGAACGUGUUAUUGGCUUUGUUCUUGCUAUAUGGGGCAUACUGUUUUACACGCGUCUAUUGAGCACAAUGACAGAACAGUUCAGAGUUAACAUGCAAAGGGUCAAGGAAGGAGCACAAAUGCAAGUUCUAGAGACGGACCAUAUCAUUAUUUGUGGAAUUAAUAGUCAUCUGACCUUCAUUUUAAAGCAGCUUAAUAAAUAUCAUGAGUUUGCGGUUCGCUUAGGCACUGCUACGUCCAGGAGGCAAAGAAUUCUUCUUUUGUCUGAUAUUCCAAGGAAGCAAAUGGACAAAAUAGCUGACAAUAUUGCCAAAGAUCUCAAUCAUAUUGAUAUCUUAACGAAGAGGUAAAAAAUCAGAGCAAUUAGUUUUUUCUAUCCGAUAUUGUAGCUUGAAGGAAAUUCCCACUUUAUAGCUUGGAACUAUCCAAAAAAUUCGAUCUUAGUCCUUCAGUCAAAUCUAACCUAAGGAAUACUAUAGAUCUGUCUAGCGUGAAGAAAAAGACUUGACCAAUUUGCCCCCAAAAUGGUCACGUGACUCAAAGGGACAUGUAACGCCCUCGUUUUCCUAGACCGGAUACUUGAUUAAAUUGAUCGAUCAUAGUAAACCAUAAAUAAAUCUCUGAAUACAGGGUCAAAGCUCUAAUUGCCUCAAUAAAUUUAUAAUUAUAAUUUUGAUCUCCAAAUACCAAUAAAAAUAAUAUC